UGAUACAUAUCUUAUUCAAAAACCUUGAAGUAUUUUUAGUCUCUUAGGACAAAACUGUCUGAACAGGACUUUAUUCUGAGCUUCAGUUCCAAAACUGCAGCAGCUGCAACAACAACAGGCAGCCGCACGCGCCGCCGCUGCCAGACUAAACCGAGCAGCUAAUCAGCGGUGUGAUCAUUGACAGAGUUCAAUACGCACCAGCUUCAAACGCCAAACAGCCAACACUGUGUGCUCAUUAUUCCUGAUCCACCUCAGCAAUACACAACUGGAAAGGUCACUGAAGACCAGAUACUAUAUUAUGUAAGUACUUGAUCUGAGCCCCUUGUUGGACAUUUGACCAGAAAAGCACAAUUUCCACCAGCCUGUCUACAGCUCCUUCCAACCCAAACGGUAUUCUGCCCCAGCAUGAAUGAAGUCAGUGUUGUGAGAGAGGGAUGGCUACAAAAGCGAGGUGAAUACAUUAAAACAUGGAGGCCUCGUUAUUUCAUUUUAAAGAGUGAUGGUUCCUUCAUUGGGUACAAAGAGAAGCCUGAGGUGUCCAGUGAUCACAGCCUCCCACCACUCAACAACUUUUCUGUUGCAGAAUGUCAGCUGAUGAAGACGGAGCGCCCCAGACCCAACACAUUUGUCAUUCGCUGUCUGCAGUGGACCUCAGUUAUCGAGCGCACCUUCCAUGUGGACACUGAUGAAGAGAGGGAGGAGUGGAUGCGGUCAAUCCAGGCAGUGGCAAAUGGCUUGAAGAGUCAGCAGCAGGAUGAAGAGCCCAUGGAGAUCAAAUUUGGCUCACCAAGUGACAGCAGUGGUGCUGAAGAGAUGGAAAUUGCAGUGUCAAAAUCUCGUGCAAAAGUGACAAUGAGCGAUUUUGACUACUUGAAGCUGCUUGGCAAAGGAACAUUUGGCAAAGUGAUUCUGGUGAAAGAGAAGGCCUCGGGGAUGUACUACGCCAUGAAAAUCCUCCGUAAAGAAGUCAUAAUUGCUAAAGAUGAGGUGGCACACACAGUAACAGAAAGCAGAGUUCUUCAAAACACAAGACAUCCUUUCCUGACAACACUAAAAUAUGCAUUUCAAACUCAUGACCGACUGUGCUUUGUGAUGGAAUAUGCAAAUGGAGGAGAACUCUUCUUUCACUUGUCCCGGGACCGAGUGUUCACAGAAGACAGGGCACGAUUUUAUGGUGCAGAAAUAGUGUCAGCGCUGGAGUACCUACACUCAAGAAAUGUAGUUUACAGGGAUUUAAAGCUGGAAAACCUAAUGUUAGAUAAGGAUGGACAUAUAAAGAUAACAGACUUCGGGCUGUGUAAAGAGGGCAUCACAGAUGGUGCUACCAUGAAAACCUUCUGUGGAACCCCAGAAUACCUCGCACCAGAGGUUCUAGAAGACAAUGACUAUGGACGAGCAGUGGAUUGGUGGGGCCUGGGCGUGGUCAUGUAUGAGAUGAUGUGUGGCCGGUUACCUUUCUAUAACCAGGACCAUGAGCGUCUCUUUGAGCUCAUCCUCAUGGAGGAGAUUCGUUUUCCAAAGAAUCUGGCUCCUGAUGCCAAGGCUCUGCUGGCUGGUCUGCUCAAAAAAGAUCCCAAACAGAGGCUUGGGGGUGGGCCUGACGAUGCCAAAGAAGUGAUGAGUCAUAAGUUUUUUACCACCAUUAACUGGCAGGAUGUGACUGAAAAAAAGCUUGUCCCGCCGUUCAAGCCACAGGUAACAUCAGAGACAGACACGCGUUACUUUGAUGAUGAGUUCACGGCACAAACGAUUACAAUAACUCCUCCAGACAAGUAUGAUAGUUUAGACACAGAGGAUUCAGACCAGCGUACACACUUUCCACAGUUCUCCUACUCUGCCAGCAUUCGGGAAUGACAAGCUCAACUCUGGAGCGCGCAGGCAGGCGAACACGAUCUUACAUGUACACUCGCACUGCUGAGGAAUAACACACUCAAAGACGGGCACAAGAUGCAUUUUCAAUCACUGUCACAUACACACAGGCCACACAGACAAGGCUGAAACAUUCCCAAAACUGACCUCAGCAGGUCUGUGCGCACAGACUGGCAGCUUGGAAGCGUCUUCACAGGUUUGGCUUGAGGCUCUGCAGUUCUACACCGGGCACCACAUCAAAGCCUAUGCGCGUCACCAGAAGCAAAAUACGCCAGCAAGUACCACCUCUCUACCAGCUCCACCCAUGCCACACAAUCCAACCCAUGCAUUGAAUGCAUAUAGUGUAUACACACAGAUGUACCUGAUAGAAUCUAAAAACUAUAAUUGCCAAUUAGCAAAAAUGGAAAAUAUUUGGGGAAAAUUUUAUUUUGUCAUUACAGUUUUAACUGUAAAGCCAUAUUUUAGCCUUUUUAUUUUAUUUUUUUAAAAGAUUUCAUUUUCUUGAUAAGUGCUCUUUCUGGUUGUUGCUGUUACAAAUCAAGUUUGUGAAUGUUCCUACAGUAGGGGAAGUUUGGAAAAAAUAGUUUAAAAAAAAAAUACUGGGGACAGGUAGGAAGAUUGUCAUCUUUGUGUUUGCAUGUAUGCACAGUAUGUGAGCUCUGAGUGUGUAUGCUUGCGUGCAAGAGAAUGUAUGACCAACUAUUUGAUUUUCAACAAUCCAUCCGUCUGUUUAUGCAUGUUUUAUAACUUGUUGGAAUACUGAAAACACUACACAGCAUACCUUUUCUGUUCAUUUGAUUAGGGAACAAGCAUGCAAAUUUUUAAUGAGAUGCGAUUAGCUUGGCACGAACUUAAUUCGGUCAGGAUUGCAUGGCUAGUCUUUGCUUUAAGUGCUGCAUUAUGUUCCGUGAUACAGCAGUCGGGCUGUUUGAAAAAUAGAAGUUUUGCAGACAGACUGUCAAAUCAUGCAAACUGGCUGAAGGUAAAAGCCAUCACUUUUGUAGGUCAGUGUGGGAUUUACUAGAAGAUAAAUGACUAAACACUCGACCGAAGCUUUAGACAAGUUUCAGGUGAGUGACAGAAAACUAUUAGGUUUCAUUAGUCAUGUAAUGCUUUUUAGCUGAUGCAGAAAUACUCAAUACUUAAGGGCCAAAUAAUUAAAAAUGGCCAGCGAUGUGCACAGUACUGCACACAGAUGAGCCAGGGUCCUUGCAAACGAUUUUUUGCUUAUACUAGAUUUUAGUGUCUGCUGGGCAGGCACACAAUGAAUACUGUUAAUUUUGCAGAUCUGAAUAUUUUGUCCCUGUCCACUUAAAAAGAUAUGUUUCCUCUGACAAUUCAUUUGUUCAUUGUUGGGUUAUUUAUAUUGCGUCGACGCACAAGUUUGAGCUUGUUCACGGCUUUUUCCUGAAGGAACCAGAAACCACUCAUUCCAUUCAUUGUUUAAUUUGACUUCUUGGUCUUAUUAGAUGAGUUAUCGCAUCGCUUGCUUUUGAACCUUUUUUUUUAUUAUUAACUGUUCUGCAGUAAACACACAGUC